CUGGGAGCAGGAAGAAGAGCUGAGCAGCCGGAAGGACACGAUGCUCCCCGCUCUCCGUCAGGCGAGCCCCCCGCCGGCAGCUCGAAAUGCCCGGGGCACGGACAGCUGAGACCCAUCGCCGGUCACAUACUCCACGAUGUGCUGACUGUCUGUAUUUACAGAAGAUAUAUAAGAAAGACUAACUUUAUUUUGGAAAGGUUUUUUGAUUCCAGUGGAAUCUGUGCUUAAGCUCCCUUACCCUUUGCUUUGCAAGCUCCUAUUUUAAAGUGGGACAACAUGCCUGUACAAGCUCCACAAUGGACCGACUUCCUGUCCUGCCCCAUUUGCACGCAGACCUUCGACGAAACCAUCCGCAAACCCAUCAGCCUCGGCUGCGGGCACACAGUUUGCAAGAUGUGCCUGAACAAGCUUCACCGCAAGGCUUGCCCGUUCGACCAGACCACCAUCAACACAGACAUCGAGUUGCUGCCCGUCAACUCGGCCUUGUUGCAGCUGGUAGGAGCUCAGGUACCUGAGCAGCAGCCAGUUAAUCUGUUUAGUGGAGCCGAAGAUACCAAGCACUAUGAGGAGGCCAGAAAGUGUGUGGAAGAGCUGGCUCUGUACCUGAAGCCCCUGAGUACUGCCAGAGGUGUCGGUCUAAACAGCACCACGCAAAGUGUGCUAAGCCGCCCCAUGCAGCGAAAACUGGUGACGCUCGUUCACUGCCAACUGGUGGAAGAAGAGGGACGGAUUCGAGCAAUGAGAGCAGCGCGGUCUCUGGGAGAGAGAACGGUCACUGAGCUUAUACUCCAACACCAGAACCCACAGCAGCUCUCCUCCAACCUGUGGGCGGCUGUUCGUGCCCGCGGCUGCCAGUUUCUGGGACCAGCCAUGCAGGAAGAAGCCUUGAAGCUUGUCCUCCUGGCUCUGGAAGACGGAUCCGCACUCUCACGGAAGGUCCUUGUUUUGUUUGUGGUGCAAAGACUGGAACCACGCUUUCCUCAAGCCUCGAAAACUAGCAUUGGGCAUGUUGUCCAGCUGUUGUAUAGAGCCUCUUGCUUUAAGGUCACAAAGCGUGAUGAGGAUUCCUCCUUGAUGCAGCUGAAGGAGGAAUUUCGCACUUAUGAAGCAUUGCGCAGAGAGCACGAUUCUCAAAUUGUGCAGAUAGCAAUGGAGGCUGGCCUGCGCAUCGCCCCCGAUCAGUGGUCCUCUCUUCUGUAUGGGGAUCAGUCUCAUAAAUCCCAUAUGCAGUCUAUUAUUGACAAGUUGCAGACCCCAGCCUCGUUUGCUCAGAGUGUCCAGGAACUGACCAUUGCUCUGCAGAGGACUGGAGACCCUGCCAAUCUUAACAGAUUGCGACCUCAUCUAGAACUACUGGCAAAUAUAGAUCCAAGUCCUGAUGCUCCACCUCCAACCUGGGAGCAGCUGGAGAACGGUCUUGUGGCUGUGAAGACUGUUGUACAUGGGCUGGUUGAUUACAUCCAGAACCACAGCAAGAAGGGGACUGACCAGCAGCAGCCUCCACAGCACAGCAAGUACAAGACCUACAUGUGCAGGGACAUGAAGCAGCGGGGAGGAUGCCCCCGUGGCAGCUGCACCUUUGCUCAUUCUCAAGAAGAGUUGGAAAAGUUUCGAAAAAAUGAACAAACGCUUGGUUCCUAGGCGGCAUUGAGUGCCUCGCACGGUCAGCUAAAUGAAGUAGGUUACAACUGGGGCAAUCACCCAGAUGAUGGGCCCAUGGAUUUACCCAACCGGAAACGUGCCCUUCCCAAUGGCAUUGUGUCAGGGAGCUCAGUGACCCAACAUUCCCGGAGUACAGAUUCUGGCUAUGAGUCUGUUAUGAAGCCUGUGAAGUUGGAUUCAUCUUAGUAACAGUGCCCAGGCUCUCCCCUCGAAUUGCUUGACUCCGUUACAAGACCUCCAUUCCUUCCUUACCCGUCAGUUCUCACCUCCUUCUCAAGCGUUUCCAGUGAUCUCCCGCCUAUGCCUGUGUCUAAACAGAUACAGAUGGUACCACGGGGCUCCCAGAUAUAUGCUACCCCCUCAGACGGAUAUCUUUUACCCCGACCCAAGGGGAGGAGGCCCCCUUCCUUUGAACCUGUACCCUAUCCACCACGUGUUUACUACCAACAGCCCCUCUCUCGCUUUGUCAGACCUCAGCCAUCCGCCCCCGAAUCUUCCCCUACCUACCUCGACCACUAUCCUUCCUAUUUACAAGACAGGAUGGUCGGCACACAAUACACAACACCCACUCAACAGUACUCUCCCAUGAGCCAACCCAUGUAUCCCCCACACUACGAUGGCCGUCGUGUAUACGCUUCUGCUCCGCAGUCCUACCAGAGAGAUGAUCUUCUGGACAUGGCCCCUGCUGCCGGGUCACCCUAUGUGCCUGAAACUCGAGAGAGGUACCAACAAGUAGAAGGCUAUUAUCCUGUGGCGGCUCACCCAGGGCAGAUAAGACCACCGUGUAACCGGGAGUCCUACAUCCGCCUGCCUCCGCAGCAUCAAUCACAGCCCCAUCCCAGCCUGGAUGAACUUCAUCGCCGCCGCAAAGAGAUCAUGGCUCAGCUAGAAGAGAGGAAAGUCAUCUCGCCGCCUCCGUUUGCUCCUUCACCAACUCUGACUCAAACCUUCCAUCCAGAAGAGUAUCUUGAUGAGCUGAAAGGAUCUGGAAACUACAAAGGGAAUGACUACAGCCAAUACUCUCCUUGGUCCUGUGACACUAUCGGUUCCUACAUAGGAACCAAAGACGCCAAACCCAAAGACAUUUCUGCUGGUGGCUGUGUGGAAGUAGCAAAUGUUGACAGCAAAACCCUAAGGGAUCAGCGCCUUGAGCUCCAACGCAGAGCCCCAGAGGCAGGAGAGGAUGAUCUCAUUCCGUUUGGCGACCGACCCACAGUAUCUCGUUUUGGUGCCAUCUCCCGCACCUCCAAGACCUUGUACCAGCCGUCCGGCCUUAUGCAGCCGGCACUGGGAGGCCAAGGUGCGGCUACCAAAUCAAGCAUUGCUGAUUACAGUCUCUACAGUAGUCACAGCGGCCUGGGAGCUCCUUCAUAUUCUCCCCAUCAGAACCUUCCUUCUCAGGGACAUUUGAGCGAGAGAGAUCGUAUGCCCAAGCCUUUACCUACAUCUGAGAGAGAACAGCUUAGAAUGGAGUUACACCAGCUAAACCAGCAAAUCAGUCAGCAGACACAGGUUGCAAGUAGCCGUCUGCUAGUGCAGAGAGAGUCUUCCACUCUGGGAAGUCAACAGCAGCCCCCUCCACCGCCGUCAGCCAAAUGGUCCACCAUGUUGUCUAACGAACAGCUGAGCCUUGAGCUUCAUCAAGUGGAGAGGGAGAUUGGGAAAAGAACUCGUGAACUUAGUAUGGAGAGUCAUCCCAUGGGUGUUAAAAGCAAAUCAGAUGUCAUGAAAGUCGAGAACGGACAGCUGGAGCCACAGGCCAAGGUUCUGCCACAUGAGCUCCCUUUGACUUUUAGCAACGAGGUGCCAAAUGGAUCUAGCUUGGCCCAGGACAUCACUAUGCUCUCUAGCAAGACGACUUCUUUAACCCUUUCAGAGGAUGCCCAAGCCGGUGGGGAUAAAAAUGAGGCCCUGAGAACUGGAGUCCAUUCCACUGCUGCUCCGUAAACCCACGAGGGCUGUUUUACCCACACCCUUAACCCUUAAGUUUUAUCUGAAGGCGUUUUUGUUUAGUGGGCGGUGAGGAAAAAAAAAAAAAUGAAACGGCAUUUAUAUUUUUGUUCUGUUCUCAUAUUUUUUUUUUGUGUGGGUUUUUUGUGUUUGGAGGGAGAGUUCAGAGCAUUUUUGGGGUUAUCAGAAGUUUAUUAUUAUUUAAGAAUUGCCUACAUAAACCCCGUUUUGGGGGUCAGUUAUGGGAAGAACCUGUGACCCUGCUCUCUUGUUCCCUGCCCUCCAAAGCAUGACAGACUACAUAUAAAAUGUGCAUUGAAAACACCACUAGUAAGAACAACCUCUGCACAUAUUUUCACGUUAACACAUUUUUUAAUAAAAAAAAAAUAUACAGAAUACAAAAUAUAUAUUAAAAAAAAAAAAAGACACAGAUGAAAAUUAGCAGUAUCUGCAAGCAAUUCAAGAUUAGUUGUUUUUGUUCUGUGAAUGAACUUAAUUUUAAUACCUUUCAAUGCCUUGGAUGCAAGGCUUUAAAGACAAAAAAGGAAGAUAUUAUAUAUAUAUACUCUGUUUGAUUAAUUGUACGAUCUUAUUGCUGUAGAUUUACAUUUAUUUUUUCUUGUUUUAUUAGGAUGGUAUUACAUACCCAGAACAUCUGUAAGCGCCAUUGGCCGAAUUUUUCCCUGUUUUAAUUUUAGAUUGUUUGUGCCCUAAAAGAGUGGAAGAUGCAUAUUUGCCCAAAAGAUGGUAAAAGAUUCAAAUGUGACCAUCGUUGUGCUUUUGAGUUUGCAGACAAAUUUCCAGGAAAUACCUUUCCUUGGCCGGGCAGCUUACUGCCUUUAAACCUUUUGGAUUGCUUUCCUUGCUUAUCCCUAUAGGGAAAGACAGUCGAUCCUCUUUUACAUUUUAUUUUGUUUUAUUGCUCCAGUUCUUACAAGCGGAAAGUGAAUCAACUUUGCAAAUAGACUUCAUUCGCAAUCUGUCGUUUUGUGUCUACAGCAGCUAUGCAGACCUGUUUGUCUCCAUGGUAACAGGCCACAGACAAAGUACGCCGUCUGAUCUUGUGGUCACACUCCAUUUAGAAUUUCGCAAUUCCAAGGGCUCAUUCAGACGGCCGUAGGAAUGAGUCUGCACCCGUUCCGCAAUUUUGCGGAACGGGUGCAGACCCAUUCAUUUAAAUUUGGCUGCAAAAGAUGCGGACAGCACACCGUGAGCUGUCCGCAUCUGUCGUUCCGUUUCGCAGCCCCACGAAAAAAAAUAGAGCAUGUCCUGUUUUUGUCCGCGGACAAGAAUAAGCAUUUUCUAUUAUAGUUGCGGAACGCACACUACGGUCGUGUGAAUGCGCCCUUACUAGCAGGCAUUUGGUGGUAAGAAAGAAGUAGGAGACGGAUAGCAGUAGGACUUGCGUGAUCAGACUACAUAGGGUUUUGUUUGUAGUCUGUUACUAUGGAGACACACAGAUGUGUAUCAGAACUGUAGUUAUAAAAUGUUGGGAUUUUUUUUUGUCUAUUUGCAAAUGUUUUUCAUUUUUCGAUGCAUUGGAGAACUAAAAUAAAAUGGUUGCUAAAGAGAUCUUCCUUUUUAAAGGGGUAUUCUGGUUUUAUAAAGUAGACUUAUUCCCUAUCCACAGGAUAGGGGAUAUCUAGUAGAUCGGUGGGGGUUCUACCACUGCACCACCACUAGUCAUGAGAACGGGGCCCUGUGCAUCCCCCAAAAUGAACGGAGCAGCCAGUCGGACAUGAGAUUGGCAACUACAUUCAUUUCUAUGUCUAUUCAUUCUUAGUAGAUCUGUGGGGGGUCCUACCAAAUCAUAAGUGGUGCCACUCGAAAUGUAUGCAGCGGUCAGUCGGGCAUGUGCGUGGCCACUCUAUUCAUUUCUAUGGGAGUUGCAGAGAUGGUCAAACUCUGUACUUGGCUAUCUCUGGAACUCCCAUAGAAGUGAAUUGAGCGGCCAUGUACAUGCCUGGCCUGCAGCUUCAUUCUUUUCGAGGGGCUCCACGGGGUAUGGGUCCUGCAGUCUCAUAGUUCUCUAGUAGUUCUCCCCUAUUCUGUGGAUAGGGGGUAACUUUUAUAUAAGCAGAAUACCCCUUUAAAUAGUUGUAACUGUUUUCCCCGUAGCUCCAACGCAACACCCAGCUGUGGUCAUUGGGCGCGGUGUUGCCUUCUGCGCAGUAUUGUGUUGUAUCAAAGGGCAACCAUUAUAGUUUUGCCUUAUAGGUAGCGUGGAAAUGCACAGAAGGCUUCCAGGGGGUUAAUGCAGCGACAUGUAAAACUUAUUUAAUUCUUCGUUCUUCAUAUUGACUUAUUUGAGGGGAAAGUUAAGAUUCCCUUUUCACAAGAAAGCAAGACAGAUGGGCAGACGACUGGCUAUGUAAUACCUUCCCACAUCGUUUUGGUGGGGUAAAAGCGAGAAUUAAUUACUUUUUUUGUUCUUUGUAUUUUCUUAGUGUUUUUCCUCCUUUCUUUCAUCCCUUCCCCUUUUCUCUCUCCAGUAUCUCCUGAAUCUUCAACUCCUGCUGGGUCAUUGUCCGCCUCAGCAUUACGUUCCAUGAAUCCUAUUUAGAAAGAAUUGUAAAAAAACAAACAAAAAGAAUCGUACAGUCUAUGUACUUUUUAGGUUUUGUGGGUCCCCCGCCUGCCUACCAGUUGAAGUUUCCAUAACUGAAGGUGCUUGGAAAAGAGCGCCUGUUUGAUUUUCCUUAUUGCCAGGAGGAGGCACCGCGUUUAAUAUACUGUUUCACAUUGAAUUAAAUUGAACAUUUCGGACCUGCUGGUCACACAUUUGAUAUUUACAUGUAUCGGCUUGGAGUUCAAGCUAACUUUUUUUUUUUUUUUUUAUUUAAAUAAAAGAUCAUAGUGUUAUAUGUGUUUGUAGACGUCUGCAAUGAUAUGCAAGCACAUAUAAUCUGUUUUAAGGGUUUAAUUUUUUUUCUUUUUUUGGAUGAGUGCAACUUCCAGGGGCACGGAGAUCUGCUUAAUAGUGACACGGAGCUUGCCGUUGAUUCGGCUUCGUAUUCCAUGGUUGCAAGAUUAAUACGGGUUGGAAAGUGAAUCUAAAACUCCCGAUGACUGGGUGCUAUGUACUUUUUCUCUUAUCCAGAAGUGACGCUGUACUAUUCCUCGAAUGCAAACUUUCUGGCUUGAGGCGAAGAGAUUGCCUUAGAAGAAAUACUCUCCCAAGUCCUCCUAUCCCCGCUUGGUAAAUCCCUCUUAAGCGCUGGUACGAACCAUCCCCUAAGGUUACGUUCAGCAGUUAUGUGCCUUAUGGGGAUCAUCACACCCUGUCAUGUACUGUUUGACGCUCCCCUGUUUUACAUGCGUAUCAUUCACCAAUACACCUAGCGGGUUGCUUGUAAUGCUGAGUCUUACAAGCCGUUACCUAAUACACACUUACUGGGCGAAAGGGGAGUUGUUUGCCUAAUAGAUGAGAGCAGAUGGAGGACGUCAAAUGCCUUGUGGCUGUCGGCAAAAUGCAGGCAGUGUCUGUGGAGGGGGGAGCAGCUGUCACCAUGUCCUGAAGGCGCCGUCACCCGCUUAUCUUUGUGCACACUUUUACAGCCAUUUUUUAUUGCUUCAGUGCAUCUAAAAAAAAUCAACUUGGCAAAAUGUCUUAUUUCAGAAUUUCUUGCCGUUAGGGGUCUACAGCAUCCGUGCUGACCUGUGCAUCUCCAUGGUUAGUCUUCAAACAUUGCAGUGUGACCCUGCAGUCCUGUUAGUCCCUCCAUCUGCCCCUCUUCUAUUGGUUGGCAAGAAAAAACUGCAGGUGGGAACGCGUCAUACGUGACUGCAAGAUCGGCGUACGCAGGGAGAGAUUUAUCAUCUCCCUUGCACCAGAAAAAAGUUGUGUAUUUACAACUUUUAAAAUGCAACUUUUUUGGGGGCGGGGGGAGAGUUGCGAGUGCCUCGUUUUACGCCACUUUCCUAAAAGGGGGCGUAGCAAGGGUUGGAAUAGGCGUGACCAACAAUUUAUCUUCAUUUACGCCAGUUUUUUUGGUGCUAAUGAAGCUAGGGAUCGCCAGCAGCUCUGAGCUGUCGUAGAUUUCCGUUUAGGUGCACGGACUGCCGGAGGAUGUGUUUCAUUUAUGAUGAGGCAUGCGCCUUGUCAUGAAUUUGCUGAAUCCUCUGGCAGUGCAGGGGAUAUCAACAUCUCCCCCACAGUUUGUAGUCGCAAUGGUAGGAGAAUUUAUUUAAAAAUUUUUUUAGCAUGUACCGUAUCUCCUGCUUGGGGUAAAGCUUACACUUCUACUUUUUUGUGGGGUUCCGUUUCUUCGGUUACCACCCAGAAAAUACCAAAACUUGUGCAAAUACCAAACCUCAGCAUCUCCUUGACUUGCGUUAACCAGUCUUCUGUUCCUUAAAGUUGCCUCAUCAAUGCUAUGAAGAGAAAAAAAAAAAAAAAAGAAAAUGAAAAUGCAUUCAGACGAAUUUGUUUAGCAAAUAACUUCUGUGAAGUUGCUGUUUUCUAAUGGUGUUAUAACUCAAUAAUGUAGAAACGUGGGGAAUCCUUCAACUGGUAGGCACGUGCGCAGUGGUUGGGAUCUCUGCAUGAUAAAGAUUCGCACAUUAGCCAUAUUAGACCUGUGGAAGUCUCCCCGUCUUGUGAUGACCUGUUCCUCUACUGCGUCGGGGAGACCUGUAGAGCGCUGCGAUGGCCCCUAAAGAGGCUGAGCUGCUGCUAGAGGGGUUAAUGAAGCCGCGCUUUAGAGGUCUCUCCGCUGGGCUUGUCACUUUAGCAACGUUUUCACCAUGGACAGCAGAUGUGUUUGUAUGGAGGUGAAAUUGGCCGAUUUCUGUACAUACACUUGCCUGUUCUUGUAGGGUUGGUAUUACACCAGGCUGCUUUCAUUACAAUGCGUUUUUUUUGUAGAUAAUGGCUUGUCCGGGUAGUAAAGGUCUACUGAUUAUAUGUGCUUGCAACGAUCACGAACACAGUCCUUCCUUACCAAUAGGAUUUUAAGGGGUUUUCUAAGAGUUUUAGAUUUGAUAAGUGGGGGGUCGGACCUUGGGACCCCCGCUGAUCAAUCCAGUUUGAGGCGGCCGCAGGGCUGCAGUGAGCAGCAAUACCUCCUUGCAUUUAAAUCUACAUAAAGUAUUGGGUAAUUAUGUAAAUACUUAUGAUUUUGGUUUGCAUGUUAUCUUAGUUAUUUGACUCCCUCAGGUCACAUAGGAUAAGGGGGUGAUGCUUAACUUGAAUAUAUAUUGUUUUAAAUGGUUUAGUGCUUUCCCCCGCCGGCACAUUGAAGAAGCUUGUGAGUCCUGCUUACCCUGCCCACGCAUAGAGAGCCUGUGAGUCCUGCUUACCCUGCCCACGCAUAGAGAGCCUGUGAGUCCUGCUUACCCUGCCCACGCAUAGAGAGCCUGUGAGUCCUGCUUACUCUGCCCACGCAUAGAGAGCCU